AUGACUAAACCUGAGCUUCCAGAGGAUCUGGUAGAGGAAAUAUUCUGUCGCGUUCCGGCCACUUCCUUGAAACGAUUAAGAUCAACUUGCAAACGAUGGAACCGUUUAUUCAACGACGAUUGGAGAUUCGCAAGAAAGCACUUGGAUAAAGCCACAAAGCAGUUUAUGGUUCUCAUGUUGACAAAGAAGCACAAUAUUGCUCUGCCUGGUGAGUAUUCAGCUAAACUCGAUAUAGACCGAGUCAUUCACUGUGACGGAGUGUUGUUAUGCACCUCCUCCGCUGACAACUCUAGAAUCGUGGUUUGGAACCCGUUAACUGGUGAACAAAGGUGGAUUAGAAGCGGCGAUCGUAGGCGAGGUGUCCGCGACUUUGAUAUCGGACACUGCCAAGGAGACAACAAAUCCUGCAACAAGAGCUACAGAGUCUUGAAGUAUUAUUAUGCCUCUUAUGCUAUCAAUAGUUUUGAAAUCUACGAGUUUAACUCUGACACAUGGAGGAGUCUUGGUGAUAUAUGUCCAGGCUGCAAGUACUUAUGCUUGGAUCUGUCUGUGUCUUUGAAGUGUAUUGUGACACAUUGGUUGACGAUGAUGACUAUAACAGACACAUGA